AUGCUAUUCUCAAAACUCUCCGUGCACGUGGUGUGUUUUGCAGUCCUGGCGACCGGAACUCUAGCUAGGAGCCCUGGGAGGCAUGCUCGACGUUUCUUUCAAGACGAAAUUGCACAACCAACCCCAGUGAUUACACCCACUCCAAUUUUGCCGGCUGCAAAGCUCAAGGCUAGGGAUGAGUCUACUGGUAAAACAGAAACGUUCGAAACCGACACCAGGGAACUUCUACGUCCAGUCUUUACCACUAUCUUUGCUGACCCCGCAGCCCAGACCACAACCACUGCUUUGUUGGCGGCCGAUGCCGAUGCCCCUACCCCGAAAUCUACUGGUACCGGUAAUCCCGAUCUAGAUUUUGAGGAUGAUCCAUUGGAAAAUGACAACGAGACGACUACUGUUAAAUACACUUAUACGAGCCCUCGUACCACCACUAGUCUCACGAAGUUUAUUUAUGAUGACGACGACGACACGACUAUGGGGUAUACGACCACCGUACAGAACACUAGUACUCAUGCCACCACCACCAUCACCACCACUAGUAGUGGUCAUAAGUUUACGCCAACUUCUAUUAUGGACGACGAUAUGGAUUAUAUGGAUGAGACUACCACUAGCACUGUUAAAAUGACCAGUUCUCGCUCUACUAGCACCAAGAGUACAGCCUAUUGGACCGAUGAUGAGAGUGAAUACACUCACACCUCCACUUACUCUAGUCAUUAUUAUAAGAGUACGAGUUUGUAUCCACCCACUUGGACAACUCCUACCAGUAAGUGGGACGAUAGCCACCCAUACAAAACUAGAACUAGUGUCUAUGACGAACCAAUGUAUACGACGGAACCAAGUGGAUCUCCUACAACAAACACAGAUAGUCUCUCCCCAACAAAUAUCAUUGAUUUAAAGAAAUUCAGAGCCAUCUUUGGAGAUUCUAAUGCAGCGAGUAUCGACUGUAAAAGCCUACCAGAAGGAACGAUGCAAGGAGUUGCUGUCAAAGACUUAGUCAACAUCCUAAAGCAACCCGAUGGUAACGUUUACAAUAUCGACAGGAGUGGAUGUUUCCAAGCAAAAUGUAUUGGAGACUACGGAGUUCUUCGACUCUGCAAUAUAAAGCCUGUGACGGGGGUUAUGUCCUUCCGUGCUGCAGAAGUGAAAGCCCUCCUAAGCUUCCUGCUGCAAGCCAUUAGACCAAACUGGGAAGCAGAGCUAUCAUUUAACUUCAACAACUUGAUUUAUCAACCAGACGCUAUCACCUUUUGUGGAACUUCGUAUAAUGCCCCUCAACAGCCGAUGCCAAAGCCGGGAAGCCCCUUCCUCCAUGGCAUUAAAAAAGCCGCAACUAAACAAACUAAAGAUGCUCUGACAUACUCACCACACAUUGAGAAAAUCAAUAUGCCUCUUUCAUUCCAGCCGAGGUUUCCCAAUUACUGGGAUGAAAAUCUGGGCGUCCCUGUGAAUAGGGAGGCUAGGUUCAAUGGCAUCAUUUCGAAUGCUGAGAAGGGAUGGGCGGUUGUCAUAGAUUCGGUUAGUAAGGAAGAUUUGAAAUGCAGUUCUGGUAAUAACUUCAAGACGACUUGUGGAACAGCCGAUGCAAAAGAUCCCGAAAAAUGCGUGUGGGAUAAUACGGUUCCGAAGCCGUACUUCACUCCUGGAGAUGAUAUGAGCCAGGAUAAGACAUAG